AUCUUAAUUAAAAAAAAAAACUAAAGAAUUAUGGAAAGGGGGAUGGCCGGUGGCCAAACCACACGCCAGUGGCAGUAUUCACACACUCCUUUCCGAAGUGUACGUUUUCUUCGGAAAUGAUAAGAGCUUCAAUUGAAACAACUUCGUACCCUAAUUUCACACUGAAUUCUCACUUUGCUCUCACCAACAAUACACACAGAGUGAGGACUUUACAUGUUGUUCGCAACUAGAAUGAGGUCAUCCAGUUGUAUGACUCGUGCACAAGUUAAAUCUCUCGAUUGUGUCGGUUCAGGAGUUUCUAAAGUUGGUCUUGCUGUAUUCUUUUACAAAACCACGUUUGGCCAGAAGCAAUGCUGUCCAAGCUUCUUCGGUUUUGCUCAACCUUGUUUAACUGUCAAUUUCAAGAGGAUGAUUUGGUCAGUUAGAAGCAGCUUAAAUGACAGCAGUUUUAGUCCUUCCACUUCAAAUGGCUCUAAUGGAAGGACCCGCAUAAUUAGAGUGAUUCAAGAGUUUCAGACCAAGUUAGGUUCUAAAAUUCAGGAGGUAAAGAAAAAUCUUCCGAUGAAGCUGCUUUUCUUCUUGGUUGGAUUUUAUUGCGCAACGGCCUUUGCCACUGUUAUUGGACAAACUGGUGACUGGGAUAUUCUGUCUGCUGCUUUGGCUGUGGCGGUUGUGGAAGGCAUUGGGGCUCUCAUGUACAGGGCUUCUCUUCCUUUAGUUAGCAAGAGUAGGAGCCUUAUUUCCUUGUUUAAUUAUUGGAAGGCUGGUCUUACACUGGGACUUUUCUUAGAUUCCUUCAAAUAUUGAUUUGAUCUCAUUAUUGGAUGCAGCAAUCCCUUCCAUGUGAAAUUGAAAUUUCUCAGUGUUCUUAUGAUGCUUGGCAUUUUUUAUGCAAUUGACUCAUUGUCAUUGCAGUUUCUCUAUGUUUGAUAUAGGCAGAAGUUACAAUUCAGUGCAUGAAAGUUGGAGCUAGUUCAAGUUCUAAGGUUAAAAUCCUUGAAAGCCAGUUCUCAUAUCCAGAAGCUAUGUCAUUCAAGCUAUGAGGUGAAUCAUACAUAUUUAUGAUCAACUUAACACUAGUUUUGACUAGGGAACUUGGAAACAUUCAGCAAUUUAAAUUUUAGAAAAACCUCCACUGACUUCUGUUCAAGCACCUUCCUGAACAACAUUACGCUCCUUCAGCCCCUUAUUCCUAUGUUUCACAUACUUCCAUCUGUAUUGGCAUCAGAUCCUUGCUAGUAGUGGAAUUGCUGGAAUUGUAACAUAGAGAAGUUAACUUUUGAGAUAAUGGUAUACAUUGAUGUGGAACUAUGGGCCUUUUUUCAAAAAAUAUGGAACUGUUGUACAACAUGAAAGAUCUGACUCUUCCAUACCAAGGAAACUCAGACUGCUGCUUGACCGGUGAUAACUAAAUUAAGUUCUGUACAAAAUAAUGCAAAUUGUCACCAAUAUAUGUGUUCCAGGCUCCAUCAAGAACUGCGAAUAAUGCCAUUUGUUGAUUUAUUGGUUUGUUUGUAUAUAUCAGUAUGCUGCUAGAGGAUCUUCUGGAAAGCUAUCCAUCUUGUCUAUGUACAAUAUUGAUUUCUAACGAAGAAAAGUUAUCCCUCGUGACUGUAUACAUUUUGGAUGUACAGUUACCUCCUGAAAUCAUUGCACAGUACAAAUUGAUGUAGAUAUCACUUUGAUGAACGUAAGCAGAUGCACUGAAAAUUCUACUGGGACUAAUUUUAUGU